GAGCCCAGCAGCCUUCCAGGGUCCCAACCUCUAGCCUCGCAGGCCAUCACCAUGACUUCCUCCUACAGCUACCGCCAGUCGUCUUCUACCUCCACCCUGGGGAUGGGGAGCAACAGCCCCGUCCGCUUUGGAAGCGGGGUUGCGUUACGGGCGCCCAGCAUCCACGGAGGCUCGGGCGGCCGGGGCGUGUCCGUGUCCCGCUUUGUCUCCUCGGGCCUGAGUGGGAGCUACGGGGGUGGCAGUAGCAGCAGCAGUUUCAGCCUGGGCUAUGGGGGAGCCGACGGGCUCCUGGCGGGCAAUGAGAAGUUCACCAUGCAGAACCUCAACGAUCGCCUGGCCUCCUACCUGGACAAGGUGCGUGCCUUGGAGGAGGCCAACUCGGACUUGGAGGUCAAGAUCCGGGACUGGUACCAGAAGCAGGGCCCUGGACCCUCCCGGGACUACAGCGCCUACAUGAAGACCAUCGAGGACCUCCGAGAUAAGAUUCUUGGUGCCACCAUCGAGAACUCCAAGAUUGUUCUGCAAAUUGACAAUGCCCGGCUGGCUGCGGAUGACUUCCGAACCAAGUUUGAGACUGAGCAGGCACUGCGUCUUAGUGUGGAGGCAGAUAUCAAUGGCCUGCGUAGGGUGCUGGAUGAGCUGACUCUGGCCAGGGCUGACCUGGAGAUGCAGAUUGAAGGUCUGAAGGAAGAGCUGGCUUAUCUUAAGAAGAACCAUGAAGAGGAAAUGAACUCUCUUCGUGGGCAAGUAGGUGGCCAAGUUAGCGUGGAAGUGGACUCAGCACCAGGUAUCGACUUGGCCAAGAUUCUGGCUGACAUGAGAAACCAGUACGAGGUCAUGGUUGAGAAGAACAGGACCGAUGCUGAAGCUUGGUUCAAUCACAAGAUCGAGGGACUGAACCAAGAAGUGGCGGUCCACACAGAACAGCUCCAGACUAGCAUGUCCGAAGUCACCGACCUCCGGAGGACCCUUCAGGGGCUGGAGAUUGAGCUGCAGUCUCAGCUCAGCAUGAAAGCUGCCCUUGAAAACACGCUGGCAGAAACAGAGGCACGUUUUGGGGCCCAACUGUCUCAGAAACAGUUCCUCAUCAGCAACAUCGAGGCCCAGCUGAGUGACAUCCGAGCGGACACGGAGCGCCAGAACCAGGAAUAUCUGCAUCUCAUGGAUGUCAAGAGUCGGCUGGAGCGGGAGAUUGCGACCUACCGAAGCCUACUGGAGGGCCAAGAUACCCAAGUCAAUAAUGUACCCAUAAGCCCCAAAGCCCUCUGAGCUUUAGCAAGCUUCUGGAGGGGCAGAGAAGCCUAGGUACAGGGCUGUUGGAAGGGGAAAGGCGGAAGCAGCCAAGGGAGGGCUCCUAUGAUGGAGGGUGUCUGUGUGGGAGAGAAUAGCACCCUGGAUAUAUUUCUGUGUCCUCCGUAAUAAAAUUUCUGACCUUAAGGAAA